CCGUCCAGCUGCACUUCUGCACAGUAGUGAUUUACACGGCAGUGAUGAGCAGAGUUUGUCUGUUUUCUUAGACGUUUGCUUAUUUUUGGAGGCUGUUCUCGAGCCCGUCUGACCAGGGGAUUUUCUACCUACUAUUGGAAUUCCCAGCAGCCCUAUGAUGAGGAAAUGGACGUUAGGAUUAUUAACAGCCUGUCUGUUCCUGUCAUGCACCAGAGGACAAAACCAGGGGGACGUUCAAGCUGGUUGUAGCACCACUCCGAACGACCUGGUGUACAUCAUCGAUGGCUCCUCGAGUCUCGGGGCUUCGGACUUCGAAACGGCCAAGCGUUGGCUCAUCAACAUCACCAGCAACUUCGACGUGAGUUCCAGACACACUCAGGUGGCUGUAGUGCAGUACAGCGACACGCCGCGCCUGGAGAUCCCUCUGGGGAAGCACCAGAGCACUCAGGAGCUUCUCCGAGACAUCGCAGCCAUCUCUUACCUCGGGGGCAAGACCCAGACAGGCCGCGCCAUCAAGUUCGCCACCGACCACGUCUUCUCUCCGCUGAUCCACACCAAGAAGGCCACCAGGAACCGCAUCGCCGUUGUUCUGACUGACGGCCGGUCUCAGGACGAUGUGGUGGACCCAGCGAUGGAAGCCAAAGCCCAGAACAUCGUGUUGUACGCUGUUGGAGUAGGAGAUGAGAUCACAAACGCUGAGCUGGUGUCCAUGGCCAACAAGCCUGCGUCCACGUACGUUCUUCACGUGGAGGACUACACCUCCAUUGGGAAUAUAAAGGAAGUGAUGGAGCAGAAACUCUGCGAGGAGUCAGUGUGUCCUCUGAGGAUUGCUGGUACAGUGAACGGACAGAAGGGCUUCGACCUGAUGAGUCUGAUGGAGAUCGAGACGAAGGCUAAGAAGGUCCAGGGAUCUCUAAUAUCAGAAGGAGCUUAUCUGCUGAGCCCUCGCCUAGAUCUCACUCACAGCACCAGAGAGAUCUUUCCAGAAGGCCUCCCCCCUUCCUACGUCUUUGUGUCCACCCUGCGUGUUAAGAACCCGGCUCAUCGUAUGAAGUUUGACCUCUGGAGGGUGCAGUCCGAAGACGGGGUCAAACAAGUCUCUGUGACCUUGAACGGCGCUGAGAAGUCCGUCAUAUUCACCACCACCAGCACAGUGAAGAGCGAGCAGACCAUCAUAUUCAAUGACCGAGGCAUCAGGAGGCUCUUUGACACAGACUGGCACCAGCUGAAGCUCCUGGUGAGGCCCAGACGCAUCACGUGUUAUCUGGAUGGCGUGUACGUAGAGGCGCAUCUCAUGGAUCCAGUGGUUCCAAUCUACAUCAAUGGGAAGACACAGGUGGCCAAAAAAGUCACUAUAGACACAACCGUGCCAAUCAUCCUCCAGAAACUCCGGCUGUAUUGUGACCCACUGCAGAGUGAGCGAGAGACGGCCUGCGAGAUCUACUCUGUGGAGGACGAGCGGUGUCCUGCUGAUCGUGCUCUUGCUGUGGAGGGCUGCGAGUGCCCUAGCGGUAAACCAGGCCCACCUGGACUCCCUGGAUCUAUGGGCUUCAGGGGAGAGAAGGGGCGAGAGGGACCACCUGGCCCGGAUGGAAAGCCUGGGAAGUCUGGAGAGAGGGGGGCACCUGGGGAGCCCGGAAGAAAUGGAGAAAAAGGUGAGGUAGGUCAACCAGGACAACAGGGAGAGACAGGACUGCCCGGUGCCAAAGGGGAUAUGGGAGACCAAGGACCACCAGGAUUACCCGGACCCCCAGGACCAGCAGGCUCUGGAUUCUCUACAUGGGAUGAAUUUGGAGUAGAAGGAAGCAAAGGUCUUCAUGAGGGAGAAGUAGGUCCUCCAUUACAUGGCGGGCCACAAGGAGAGCCUGGAAUGCCUGGAAGAGACGGACUCGCCGGGCCUGCUGGACCAAAGGGUGAAAAGGGGGGCGUUGGUGAACCCGGAGCAGACGGACAGAGCGGUGAUCCUGGCAUUCAAGGACUUCCAGGAGAAGUGGGGCCUGUUGGACCCAAGGGGGAGAGAGGCUUACCAGGACCAGCAGGACCGAUUGGACCAGCAGGACCUCAGGGACCACCAGGGCCAGACGGACCCCCCGGGAAAGAGGGAGCUAUCGGCCCAAAGGGAAAUUCUGGUUCUCGAGGGCAGGAUGGCUUACCAGGUGCACCAGCCCCUAAAGGAUCAGACGGAGAACCCGGGAUUCAGGGUCCUCCAGGAAUUCAGGGUCUACCAGGUUUAAAAGGCCAUAAGGGUGAAUCCGGAGAGCUUGGUCCAAAAGGAAGUCAGGGAGAGAAAGGCAUUGAUGGAUCUCCUGGGGUUCCUGGAGCACCUGGUGAGCCUGGUCUCAGAGGGAGUAAAGGAGAGCGUGGUGUAUCCGGAGAUCCAGGAACCAAUGGAGUUAAUGGGAAAAUGGGAGAAAUGGGGCCGAUGGGACCAGUAGGACCAAGAGGCACCCCAGGUCAGGAUGGAAUGCCAGGACAACCGGGGGUCCCAGGGUACCCAGGAAAACCAGGAAAGCCACCUUCAGAGGAGCACCUGAUGAAGAUUUGCGCUACAGUGCUGCAGAAUCAACUGCCCCAGCUCCUCCAGGUGAUGUCACCCAGCAGUUGCCAACACUGCGAGAGGGUUCAGGGACCCCGAGGUGAACCGGGCCCACCUGGACCUCAAGGCCCGGCAGGACCCGCAGGUUAUCCUGGUAGACCUGGGUCUCAGGGAUACCCAGGAACACCGGGAAAUAGGGGACCUGCUGGCAUGAAAGGUGAUGUUGGACCAAUGGGCAUGAAAGGGGCCAAAGGGCAAGCAGACAUUGGGUUACCAGGUCCACCUGGGCCACAAGGUAUGCAGGGUCCUCGGGGAGACGACGGAGAGGGGUAUCCUGGACCCCAGGGGCCUGCCGGAAAACCAGGUUCACCUGGCAUCCCAGGAAAACGGGGGCCUCCAGGAGCCACAGGAGUUUGUGACCCAUCUUCCUGUUAUCCAGCAUAUGGCCACCAAGGAAACCCCUUCAGUAAAGGGCCCAACUUUUAGCAACCUGCUGCCUCUUUGGCCUUCUUUAUUCCAUAUCCAUCUGACUGAGGAUGGCUUAAGAGGCCUACAACCACUUGUGGUGCUCUGUAUUGACUCUGGAUUAACUCUAUAUUGACUCUGGAUUGACUUUCAUUGGGCCACUGGCCUUUAACCUCUUUGUUCUUGACCCCUGACCGAGGUCAAACUGAUUGAAAGAUUGACACGUGUAUUAAUUGUUUUGUUUCGUUUAACUGAUAUUAACCAAACUGAAAGUUUGAAAGUGGUUUAUUACUUGAGCUACAUGUACUACUUCUCGUUCUUAUCUACAAAGAUAAUAAUUAUCACCUGAUAUAGCAGAUAUUCUUGCUUUUUGGCAGCCUUUAACAUCCCAAUAGUAUGUGCAGUGUGCAGUGCAGUGCAUGAGAGCACGCUUAACUUACCCUGUGUUCACGCUGGCAGGUGACAGAGCAACAAGCGACCAGUCAUUUCCUAUGGAAGUUUGCGAUUUGUUGCCACGAUUUAGUGAUAAGUGUCAAAAGACACAGCAACAGGGUGUCUGAUGGUGACUAAUGUGACGAAUCGAGUUGAGAUUUUUUUGAGACUUUAAGCAAAUGAAUUUUGACUCAGUGAAGCAUUAUUUUACAACUUUUUCCACUUUUUAACCAACCGUAAUAGACAUGGUAGUCUGACGUUACCAGGCUUUGCUUUUGGAACAUUUGGUUCUCAACAGCAUUUCGCUCCUAUUCUCAACAGAGUGGUUCCAAGCAUGAAAUAUGUUUUAGUGUUUUAUAUGAUGCAUCUUUGCAUGUAUACAGGAAUAAUUUAAAGAAAAUGAACUAUGGAAGAGAGUACAUCAUAUUUAGGUAGUCAGAGUGGCAUAUUUCUUGUAGAGAUGAUGUUCGUUUGUGACAUAGCUGCAAGGAACAGCCAGAAAACGACAAUAGCAGAUGUGUCUUACACAUGGAAGGAGGUUUGACUUCAUGGAUAAAGACACUAUGCAACGAAUACGGUGACUGGUCAUUAAAAAAAACAAGAAGUGUGCGGACGCCUUAAGACCUUGAAAAUAUGGCCUGCGAACCAAAAGUUCGAAUCCCGUGUCAUGCUGCUUUACCAUCGGCAGCCGGAGUCCGAGAGAGCACAGUUGGCCAUAGUUUCUCUGGGUGGGUAGGUGGCACUCUCAUCCUUCAUUAUUCCCACUGCAAUGCUGGUAAGAAAGUGGAGGAUAUUUAGGUAGUCUGAGGGGCAUAGUUCUUGAAGAGAGUUUGUUUGGCUUGGGUGACCAAUGUGACCAAACUGCUAAAAACAGCCAGAAAAUGACAUCAGCAGCCAGAGUCCGAGAGAGCACAGUUGGCCAUGCUUUCUCUAGGAGAAUAGGUGGCUCUCUCUGUUGGCUGUUGUAUCAGUGCUAAGGACCUGAUGCUUUUCUUCAAGCACUGGCUGCAGAUUGAAAAAAGUGGCAGUGGUUUAGUUUACAUGUAUCACAGGAGGCAUGUGCUUGUACUGACUUGUACUGGCGGUGUCAGGAGCAUAGCUAGUGAUGCUGCUUUACCAUCAGCAGCCGGAGUCAGAGAGAGCACAGUUGCCCAAUCCUUUUUUUUGUAUUCCAUUUACAAGCAGCGCGGAAUUUUUGCCACAAUGAAACAUAAUCGUUGUCCAAUCAGAAGCCACUACGGAAUUUGGGGCGGGGCUGAAAAAAACAGUCAGAAGAGCACUGAAAUGUGCUUUGAACCAGAGAAAAUGUAUUUUGCGACAGGAUAUAAGAGAAAAUAAACUCUCUAAUUCUAUAAAUUAAGGUUAGUACAGUUACAGAUAAAUACAUGCUUUUUAGAGUUGAGUAGAUUUUAACAAAGACUCUGGGAGUUUUUACUUUGGCCUUUUUUCCAGACACGGUUGCGCUUUCUCCAGGGUUUCCAGAGUACCGAUCUCCGCUUGGGUGUCUGGGGUUUACUGGUGCUUUGGGUGGUGUGUGUUUGGUGUAUUUAGUUAUUUUUUUUAUUGUGCUGCUUCCCCUUAGUUUUCCCAGAGUUUUACUUCCCCAGAGUAUUGAGUAUUGUAUAUUUCUCAGCCCUGCCACAAAUUCAGUAGUGGGUUCUGAUUGGACAGUGAUUACAUUUCAUUGUAGCACAAAUUCCACGCUGCUCCUAGACGAAAUGUAAUCCUGUGCAUUGUGAUUUGCUUUUGAACAUUCGCUGCACAGUCACACAGUGGAAUACAAUGCAGAUUGCAUUUCUAACACAAAUUCAGUUUGCUUUUAAAAAUGUAAAUUGUUGUGUAUUGUUUUUCCAUAAAUAGACUCAAGUGCAGUGAAAUAUAAAAUGUAAUAGUGGUUUUGCAUUUCAUUUUGGCAUGUAUUCUGCAUGUUAGUGAGAAAAAGCAAAAAAAGUCCUGAUACAGCUAAAUCAUGGAUAUUGUUGGUGUCUUGGUGGGUUGGUCAUGCCGCUUAAUAGCUAAUAGCUUGAUGCUAGAUUAGCCAGCAUACUAACCAGACAAUAAGCUGGAACUGCUACAAGCCCACAUGCCCCAACUUGAGAAGCCAUGAUCCCUCCUACAGGUGACAAAGUUCAGUGGAACAACAAAAGCAACUUGUCGCGUGCCAGUGGGAACGCAGGGUUGGUUUUAAGUGGUUUCGGCAGAAAAACAGGAUGAAAGUAAAGCGUCGGUGAAGGUUAAUUUCAUUUUGAGUCAUUUGCCCGCAGACCAACAUCUUGUCUGCCCACAAUAACAGUUGUUUUAUUGUCAAAUUAGUGCUCUCAGAAGACAAAAGGUCUUUAUCAACUGCAUUUUAUCGUAAAUAGACAUGCAUUUGCACUGCCUCUGAAAAAAAAUAAAUAAAUAAAAACACUACCUCUGUACUAGUACUAGUAGUGAAGAACGUCUAUUAGCAAGACUCUAUUAGUAGUACUCUAUUGAGUGGCUUCUGAGACGACCUGCGCUCAGGAUGUCCCUCUGGUUUAUGAAAACGUGUGGUUUUGAACACACAUAUAUGGUGUACUGUGCUUUAAAGCCCUUGUUUCCUUGUUUUGUGUUUGUGGACUACUAAAUAUGAUUCAUUUGAAUGUUUGAACACUUCUCUGGAAGCCUCCUCACCCACCUCAGCCGUGUGGUUAAACCUUUCUAUAAGUCACCCUCAUGUGUUCAAACUGGACGGAUCAGCAGCCCGCUUUCUAUUUAUUGCCUUGUCUUGAUGCAUGGUCUCUUGUGAUUGCCAUGAAUGUUUUAUUUUAUUUUAAGAAUUUCUAUGUUCAUUGAUGCUCAUUUCUGUAUCUUUUUUUUCAUUGAUGUACUCACUGUGUUGUUUACAAUUCAACUGAAACCAUUUAAAGGUAACUGAUGAAAUAAACACUUCCAUUUUUAUUUUGUAAGACAUAAAAAACCUGUUUCGUACAUUUAC